AUGGACGAGGAGUUGUUUAAUGGCCCAUUCAAUAUAGAUGAUAUGUUCGGUGGCGAUGCCCCGAGCAUACAGAGCGACCUGGCCAAGAUCGAGUCGCGCGAAGGCCUCGACUACUUUGACGAUAUGGAGGACAUGAAGCCGGAGAUCCGCAACGGGGACUGCAUGUGGUCCGCCUCCUCCAGUUGCCACAGUAACGGCAGCGCCGGCUACAACAACAGCGCCGCCUCCAGCUACAGCGAUGGCAUCGCCAUACCCCUGUCCAUUGUAACAGGCGGGGCCAAUCCCUACCAAUGCCAACAGGAGGAGCAGCAACAGCAGCAGCAUCAGAAGAGGCAGAAACAAAAUAGCGGCACCAAGCCUGGAGCAGAGGAUCUCCCCGUGAUUAUCAAACAGGAGCCGCUGGACGACUACCUGCCAUCCGUGGAGAAGCGUGCUCGGCUCAGCGUUAGCGGAAAGGCACUGACACAGUCGGAGAGCACAGCCUACGUCGCCGCCGAUCAGCUGAUCCCGCCCGGCGGAAGCCUACUCCGCAAGCGCAACGUCCUACUUCAGGGUAACCAGCGUUGUAAGAUGGGCCCGACGGUGGCCGAGACCAAGCCUGCGCCCAAAUACCUUCGCCCCGACACGCCCCCACACAGCAUUCCCGAUGAGAGUGCGCCGGAAACGGCACCCAUGUUCCGCCACAAUGUCGAUCUGCGAGCCUGCGUCAUGGGUAGCAACAACAUCUGCCUGACCAGCGACGGCGAUGUCAGCUGCAUUAACCAGAUCAGUCGGGAGCUGCAGAACGCCAGCAAGACGCUGUUCUCGUUAUUCCCGGUGCCGGAAAUCAACGACGUUAUGGACGUACUCAGCCAGGACUCGCAGCAGCAGUCACAGCAAUCGCUGCAGUCGCUGUCGAUACAGCAGGCGUUGGAGGCGGCCGCCAAUGCGACAACCGUCAAGGUGUCGCCCCCCAACAGCAGCUCUGACUACGACUCUGAUGACGAGACCUAUCGCGAAAUACACAAGAGCACGAUGCUCAUGCGGCACAUCAGCGAUCACAGUUAUACGCGUUGCAACGAGCUGGACGACAGACACGCCCCGGAGACGCCAUCAGAUUCGGAUGAGGAAAUCGAUGUGGUCUCAUUCCCAGACAAGAAACAACUGCAAGACCCCGUCGGUGAACUGGCCCUGCUGGAAAAGGUGGCCCACCAAAUCUCGCAUGGCAUUAACCAAAAGAAACCGCGCUACGGUCACUACAUUAUGCCGUAUACUCCGGCGAGCAGUAGUCCGGUCAAGUCGGUGGCCAAUUCCCGCUACCCAUCGCCCUCGAGCACGCCCUACCAGGCCUCCUCGCAAUCGUACUCGCCCCUGACCGUCGACUCGUCGAAUGCCAGCAGCAGCAGUAGCAGCAGCAGCAGCUCCGGCUACGGCUGCGGCGGCGCCACCAAGGGACACAAGCGCUACUACCUCAAGUUCAGCGGCAACGGUACCGCAACCGCCGGCAGCAGCGCGGGCAGCAAUGGAAUGUCCGUGCAUAAGAUGGCCAGCAAUAGCAGCAGCAGCAACAACAGCAACAGCAACAACAGCAACAGCAACAGCAGUAGUCGAAUCAUCAGCAAAAAGUGCCGAAGCAAAAAGUCCAGCCCAUCGUCGUGCUCCUCCUCAGAGCUGGGAUCGCCGGUGAGCAGCACCGAGGCGGAUGCCUCCAACAACUGGAUGAACGAGACGAACAGCACCAUGAACAGGAUACCCAAGCAUAAUUCUGUCGCUAACAUGGCCCCACUCGCACGCAGCAGUCAGCGGUUCAGCGUGGACGAGGCCGACACCAUCGAGAAGCGCAACCAGCACAACGACAUGGAGCGCCAGCGACGAAUUGGCCUGAAGAACCUGUUCGAGGCCCUCAAGAAGCAGAUACCCACCAUUCGGGACAAGGAGCGCGCCCCCAAGGUGAACAUACUGCGUGAGGCGGCCAAGCUGUGCGAACAGCUGACCCACGAGGAGCACGACCUGGCCAUGGAGUACCAGAGGCUCAGGGAGAAGAACCGCAAGCGCCAGGAGCUGCUGGUGCGCCUGCGCGCCGCCUCCACAGUCCAUACAGUGACUGACGAGAGCCGUAAGUGGGUUGGUCAGAGACCCAAAUAGACCCAGUAACGAGUCUUGUUUGCGAGCAAGUAGAUGGGGGAUGAUGCGGCGGCGUAUUUGUAGGGCAUCAGACCGAACGAUAUAACGAAUAUGAUCUAUGAUAUACUAGCGUAAGGUCUUUAUACGUUCGAUACGGUUUACUAUACAUACUAUACCUAUAUAUCUUCUUAUUUUUUUUUUUUUGCUCUUGACCUUAAGCAUUUUUUGAAACUUCAAUAUCAGUUGGUAGGAUACGAUCUAAGGACUAUAGUAGGACUAGUGGCCAUUGUAUAUAUUUGGGGCCUUGUUUUUUCACUUUCAGACCCGACAUCGGAGUGAUUUAUCAAGUUUGAUUUAUUUAAUGUGAUAUAUAUAAUUUUCUGAACCCAAUUAGAUUUUUUUUGGUGUCUUGAGGAGAUUGAAUCAAGGAAGAGGUCAGGUCAGAUAAAGGAGGAGGAGGGGGAGGAAAAUUAACGAAAACUGUUUUAUUGAAUCAAGUUGAAGUUUCAUAUAGGUACACAUAAAUAUAGGCUAUAGGCUAUAGGCUAGGAUUAGGAUUAUAGCCCAGGGUUAGGAGCCUGUACUCUAUAGGUUAGGUUAUUACACUUAUUAUUAUUAUUAUUAUAAUUUUUUUGAAUUAGCUACUUAACUUUACAUGAAGUAAACAGAACCGGAAACGGAACUGGUACCGGUACCGGUAGAGAACCAGGACAAUGAACCAAUCAAUGAAAACAUAACGAAAUGAAAAGAAAAGGAAACGAAAACGAAACGGGAAAGGGAAACAAAACGGGAGAACGGAAAACAGACAAAAGUUACAACGAAAGAGCCACAAAGAAAAAGAGAAGGAGGAGACCAAGAAGAGUGCGUGAAGAAAAGGAGGAGUGGAAAGAGGACGAGGACGAGGACGAGGAAGAGGAAGGUACGAGCGGCAGGAUAUGGGGGAUAUAGCUGAAAGUAGAAAUUUGCUUUCCUCAGAAAAGAUAAUCCCAGCCCAUAUCCUCGCUAUACACACACAGACACAUAUACAAGGGGAAACUUGAUUCAAAUUUCUUGUUCGAUAGUCGAUAGUCGACAGAGUUACUAUACCAGACUAUACGGUACACGGUUUAGGGAUCUAUCCUAUGCCUCUGCACACGCAUAUGCAUAUGUAUCUAUAUUUAUACGAUAUAAAGAAGACGCAUCCCUUGAGAAGAGAAGAACACAACUA